AUGACUUUCAUUGGCACAUUACAACGAAUAUGCACCAUUCUUUCUUCAUCCCUAAAUAGUGAAGAAUUUUCAGAAGUCAGGUUAUUGGUAUACUGUUGUCAGAAACAAGCUAUUUUCUUUCUUUUCAUCCACCCUCUUUCUCUAUGCAUUACUUUUAUAGCCAUUUCUGUCUUUCGUUCUUUCUUUUCUUAUUGCAUCCAUAUUCCUUUUACUUUCUUUUUUACUUUCUUUUCAUCCAUUCUCUUUUUUCCUUCUAACCUUCUAUAUGAAUCGCCCUUUCUUUCUUUUAUACCCAUUUCUUCUUUUCUUUCCUUCUUUCUUUCUUUCUUUCUUUCUUUCUUUCUUCUAUCCUUCUAUAUGAAUCUCUUUCUUUCUUUCUUUCUUUCUUUCUUUCUUUCUUUCUUUCUUUCUUUCUUAUUGCAUCCAUCUUCCUUUUUCUUUCUUUCUUUCUUUCUUUCUUUCUUUCUUUCUUUACAUCCAUUCUCUUUCAUCCUUGUAUAUGCAUUUCCUUUAUGCCCAUUACUUUCUUUCUUUCUUAUUGCUUUUUUUGUUUCUUUGUUUCUGUGUUUCUUUCUUUCUUUCUUUCUUUCUUUCUUUCUUUCUUAUUGCAUUCUUCCUUUUCUUUUCUUUCUUUCUUUCUUUCUUUCUUCAUCCAUCUUCCUUUUUCUUUCUUUCUUUCUUUCUUUCUUCCUUUCUUUCUUUCUUCAUCCAUUCUUCCUUUUUUCUUUCUUUCUUUCUUUCUUUCUUUCUUUCUUUCCAUUUCUCAAUUAUGUAUUUAUUCCAGUCUUUUCAAUGAGCAGAAACUGCUCAGCCAUUCGUCCUUCGUCUCGCUUCAUUGACUUCUUACCUUCUGUCGUUUCUUUUUUUUCUCCUUAA